CUCCAGUUCAAUUUUUGCAUUUCUCGUGUUUACAGCUUGUUUAUUGGAGAACAUAAAAUAAAAUAUAAUCCGCCGCGCAUUUAAUUAAUUAUUCUAUAUAGUUUAACAAACAAUUGCUAACCUUGCAUUGUUUGUUUGUCACACAAAUAAAUACAAAUUUGUGCAAAGAAAAAAGUGAAAUCCAAUUAAAAAAAAAAAGAAUAAAAUUGUUAUGAUUGCAACAACCUUAAUUGCUGAAUUGUGAAUCAAGUUUCUGAAGCGCCUAACAAAAGCACAACAAGAAAUCGGCUAGAAUUCAAAUCAAUCUCAACUCAAUCAGAAAUCACUUCUCCCUUCUUCUUUAUACACGUCUUCACUUCUCCAUACGAAAAUUCUGCGCAAAAAAACUUGUGUGAAGAACUAAAAGUGCUCCUCUCCACCAUCGCCAAAAUAAAGUGAACCAAUAAAAGACUUAAAAAAGUAUAAAACUUUGAUAUAAAAAAAGACAAAAAAAAAAAAAAAAUCCAAGCAAAAUGAAUAAAAAAUGUGUAACAACGCCUUGGAAUUUUAAUGUUUACAUUGUAACAUGGAAUGUCGGCACAAAAUAUCCCGAUGAUUUAUCACUCUACAAUCUACUUGGUAUGAAAUCACACACUUGUCCCAACGAAAGUACACCUGAUUUGUAUGCCAUUGGUCUGCAAGAAGUCAAUUCCAAGCCAAAAAAUCAAGUUCUCGGACUUUUCAAAGAUGACCCAUGGACAAUUGGAUUUAAAGAAAUUCUAAAAGAUCAUGAUUAUGUUGCAAUUAAGACAGAACAAAUGCAAGGUUUGAUGUUGACGCUAUUUGCCAAACGGAAGCAUGUUCCACAUUUGAGAAGUAUUGAAGCUGAAUUUACAAGAACUGGUUUUGGAGGCAUUUGGGGCAACAAAGGUGCUGUCAGUAUUCGUUUAAGUGUUUAUGGCUGUGGUGUAUCAUUUGUAGUUGCUCACUUGGCCGCCCACGAUCACGAAUUAGACGAAAGAAUUGAAGACUAUAGACAGAUUUUAGAAAACCAUCAUUACCAUGUCAAGAAAUACAGAGAAAUCUUUGAUCAUGAAUAUGUCUUUUGGUUUGGUGACCUUAAUUUCCGUCUUACCGGCGAAGAUACACCUGAAGAAGUACGAAGCCUCGUGGAACAAGACAAACUCUCUGAACUUAUUCAAAGGGAUCAAUUGUUAUUGGUUCGUGAAACCCGCAAAGCUUUCCACCAACUUCAAGAGAAACUACCCGAAUUCCCGCCAACUUUUAAAUUCAAAGAAAAUACCUCGCAUUAUGAUAUGAAGCGACGACCUGCAUGGACUGAUCGGAUUUUGUACACAAUCAAUCGUGACAAAUAUCCUGAUAUUAAACUUCAUUUGGAUCAAUUAUCAUACAAAAGUCAUCCGGGAUAUAAUAUUAGUGAUCAUAAACCUGUUUCUAGUGAAUUUUUAAUCAAGCUCCCUAGAGGCGAACUUAUUAUGCAACGGCAAAUGCCAAUCGCUCAACGAAUGGCAAACAUAGAAUUAUAUAAUAAAUUAGAUGAAGCUGAUUAUUCUGAUGAACAUGAACAGGUUACUGAAGAUCCUGACGAGUUAUUCGUUGAUUUCCGUGAUGUGCCAAUUUGGAUUAUUGGCGAAGAGAAUACUGUAGAAUACUACAAACCACAUGGCUUCGAAGAAGAAGACAACGAUUGGAUUGGUAUCUAUCCUAGCAAUUAUGCUAGUUUCAGUGAUUAUGCUGCUUAUCAAUAUGUCAAUCAAGCUGACACUCCGACAACGGCUGGGUCAACUGGCUUGGAACCACAUUUCCAUAGACGAGCUCAGCCAAUUAAUCCGACUACGAUGAGAAUUCAAUUCUCAGAAGAUAUCGAGUUGAAGGACGGUGAGAAUUAUAUGCUUAUUUAUUUCCAGAAUACUGGCCUAAGGGGCGUUACUAGCGUCGCUGGAAUGAGUAAUAUGUUUAGAGCUGAAAAGAGGCCACCAACGCCAAGAUUUGAAACGGUUGAUUAGCUAAUUGCUAAUACCAAUAAUUUAAUUUAAAUUUAAUUUUGUUUUUAUUUUUUUUUGUUUUGUGUAUGGGAGUUAUAUUUUUUUAUUUAAUUUUAAAAUUAUUUUGUGAACUUAAAAUAAAUAUAUAUUAAUUUUGUUAUAUUCUUUGUUAAUUUUUAUCAUACAUGUAUCAACCAACAGCACGCUUAUUUUAAAUUAGUUUAUGUAU